AUUUGUUUGUGCCUGUGAUUUGACCAGAUUUGACUUUGACACAUAAGUGGGUAAAUUCAUCCAAAUAGAGUCUAAUUUCUAUAAUGUGCGAGCUAAAAUGGACGUAUUAAAUGCGGUAUACAACUUAAACAAUGAAGAAACCCUCAAGUCCAGUUGGUUCGGUGAGGUCUUCUCGAGUUUUUCGACUCAAGAGACGUACCAGUGGGGCUUCCAGCUACUGCCCGUGUUACUGGCAGCGAUUUUCGCAACGAUAAUUUCAGUAACGUAUUUUUGCAUACGAAAAUGCCACCGAAAAGCUCUUUUUGCGCGACAAUUGAAAUCCGAAGAGGCAAGUGCAAGGUUCAGGAAGAGGGAUAAAGCGUUGUUUUACGGGCGCAAAAUGUUACGCAAGGUGAAAAAUAUUUCGGGCCAAGUGCGGAACUCCGGUCAGGGCAGGAAAAGGAAAAUGGUGAUGAAAUUCGCGAGACGGAUUUUACAACUAAAGAAGGAAAAUGAUACGGAACAAUUGAAGGUUCUGGAACCGCCUGUUGAAUAUUUACAAGAGGAAAUGUUGAGCGAUGAUCGGAUGCCGCCGGAUGCGCUGUACAUGCUCCAGAGCAUUAGGGUGUUUGGCCACUUUGAGAAACCGAUUUUCUUGAAGUUGUGCAAGCACACGGAAGUUAUUAACGUAGACGCCGGGCAACAUUUAUUCAAGAUAGGUGAUGCCGACGAAAACGUGUACAUCGUGCAAAGCGGCAAACUCAAUGUUUUCAUCGCGUCGGCCGAUAACACGAACCUCUCCCUCAAAAUCGUAAAGCCGGGCGAAUCUGUGACCUCCCUCCUCAGUUUCACCGAUGUCUUAACUGGCAACACUAAUCCGUACAAAACCGUUUCGGCCAAAGCGAUCGAAGACUCAACCGUUGUCAAGCUGCCAAUGGUCGCGUUUCAAGAAAUCUUCCACGAAUAUCCUGAUAUUUUCAUUCGCGUAAUUCAAGUCAUUAUGGUGCGUUUGCAACGCGUCACCUUCACAGCGUUGCAUCAGUAUCUCGGUCUGAGCGCCGAACUAGUCAAACAGGGGCCAAAGAGUAGGAAUAGCAAAAAUCCACUAGUCGGGGGUUCACCAAUGAAAAAGAAACGUGAAGACUUUAGGGAUGGGUCGUUUAGUUCGAUGGAUGCGUCGCAACCGAUACCGGUACCGGGGCACAGGAGGAGUAAAUCGAGCCUUGAGUCGAAGUCUUUCUCGCCACAAACGCCGGAUAUGGUCAGCGAUGCCGAAAUGGCCACUUCCGGCAUGACACCCGACGUUGCACUUUUACAGCGAAAAAGACACUCGGUUGAUAAUGUCGAUGAGGACACUCUAAUCGAAAUCGCGACUGAGGCUUUCAUCAAAGAACUGAACCUUGAAGAUGACACUAUGUUGAAAGGAAACGUCCAAAUCAAGGAAAUAGCAGCCGGUACUUAUCUCAUGCAGGAGGAUUCAAAUAAAGACGUUGCUUUGUGCUAUGUCAUUUCGGGCGCCUUGAUUGUUUCGCAGAAAAUGACAGAAAGUGAGGAUGAAGUCCACAUGUUCACCUCCUAUCACGGCGAAUUCGUCGGCGGUCUCGCCGUACUAACCGGCGAACCGAGUUUUUUCACAAUUCGGGCGAAACACUUCACCCGAAUUGCCCUACUGUCGAAAAACACAUUUUACAGUAUGAUGAAAGACCACCCCAAUAUCGUACUUUACGUGGCCCAUUCGGUCGUUCAGCGGCUUUCGCCGUUCGUGCGUCAAGUCGAUUUCGCUCUUGAUUGGUUGUUUAUGGAGUCGGGCCGCGCCGUCUACCGACAAGACGACGAAAGCGACUCGACUUACAUCGUUCUAUCGGGUCGUCUGCGAUCGGUUAUAACCCACAAGAACGGCAAGAAGGAGUUGGUGGGGGAAUACGGUAAAGGCGACUUGAUUGGCGUCGUCGAAAUGGUGACUCACACGAAGCGAAGUACCACGGUUAUAGCAGUUAGAGACUCCGAGUUGGCUAAACUACCCGAAGGAUUGUUCAAUGCAAUUAAAUUGAAAUACCCGAUUGUUGUCACAAGACUGAUCAAUUUACUGGGGCACAGGAUUUUAGGUUCGUGGAAAAAACCGACGAUUAGCGUGCAUGCGCCUAGUAGUUCGGCGAUUGAUAGCCGACCCUCGCAGCUAAAUUUUUCAACUGUUGCGAUCGUGGCCGCCUCUGAUGAUGUACCUCUCACAGCUUUCACUUACGAACUGUAUCACUGUUUAUGUGCCAUUGGACCAACUUUAAGACUGACUUCCGAUAUAAUUCGUAAGAUUCUGGGCCCGACCAUCAUGGAUCCGAAUAAUGAGUAUCGGUUAACAUCGUGGUUGGCCCAGCAGGAGGACCAGCAUAAAAUCUCGCUGUAUCAGUGCGACUUGACCGUUAGUGCAUGGACGCAGCGAUGUAUUCGGCAAGCUGACUGUAUUCUGAUAGUCGGUUUGGGCGAAAAUCACCCGAGUAUAGGCAAAGUCGAGAAAGAAGUCGAACGACUAGCCAUGCGGACGCAAAAAGAACUAGUUUUGUUGCAUCGUGAGGGUGGCAAGCCUCACAAUACAGUCGCCUGGAUCAACAUGAGGAGCUGGGUGGCGUGGCAUCACCACAUUUUGAGCCCUAAUAGGAUGUUUUCAAGAAAAUCUCUAUAUAGGAUAAACGAGCUGUACUCGAAGGUGUGCCAGUCCGAGCCGAACAUCCAUUCGGACUUUUCCCGGUUGGCUCGUUGGCUAACCGGCAAAUCAGUCGGUUUGGUUUUGGGCGGGGGCGGAGCUCGGGGUUCUGCACAUGUCGGAAUGAUUAAAGCAAUCCAGGAGGCUGGGAUCCCGAUUGACAUGGUGGGUGGGGUCAGCAUUGGGGCUUUCAUGGGGGCGUUGUGGUGUCGCGAGCGGAAUAUUACCACGACAACGCAGAAAGCGAGAGAAUGGUCCAAGAAAAUGACCCAAUGGUGGCGCCAAAUCCUCGAUUUGACCUAUCCGAUGACGUCGAUGUUCAGCGGUCGUGAUUUUAAUCAAACAAUCAAGGGCACUUUUGGUGACACGUAUAUUGAGGACUUGUGGUUACCGUAUUUUACGGUUACAACCGAUAUAACCGCCUCGUGUAUGCGGUUGCAUUCGCACGGCUCUCUGUGGCGGUACGUUCGUGCCUCUAUGUCUCUAUCCGGAUACAUGCCGCCUCUGUGUGACCCUGUCGAUGGCCACCUUCUUCUAGACGGAGGCUACACUAACAAUCUUCCAGGUCAUUUGUGGAGAUAUGUGAGGGCCAGUAUGUCAAUUGUUGGCAUUUUUCCGCCACUUUGUGAUCCUUUAGAUGGGCAUUUGUUAGCUGAUGGGUGUUACGUCAACAAUGUACCAGCUGACGUCAUGCGGAGUUUGGGGGCCAAUCACAUAAUCGCGAUUGAUGUGGGUAGUGUGGAUGACCAAGAUUUGACCAAUUACGGGGAUGAUUUGUCGGGGUGGUGGUUGUUGUGGAAACGGUGGAAUCCCUUCACUGAUCCCGUCAAAGUACCCAAUUUACCCGAUAUUCAAUCAAGGCUGGCUUAUGUCAGCUGUGUAAGACAGUUGGAAGAAGUAAAAAACAGUGAUUAUUGUGAAUACGUCCGUCCACCUAUCGAUAAGUAUAAAACGCUACAAUUCGGAAGUUUUGAUGAAAUUCGUGAAGUCGGUUACCAACAUGGCAAAGCUUACUUUGAGGAAAAGUCAAAAUCGGGUAAUUUACCCAUCUUCAAAGCGCCAACUGUUACCAAUAAACCCGAAACGGAACAUAUUUUGUCCGAUUAUACUUUCACCGAUUUAGCACAAAUGGUUUGCAAAGUCUCAAGACCUUAUGAAGAGUCAUCAAGUUCGAGUUCUUCAGGCGAUGAGUUUGAAGAUGGCCAGGACGGUUACGCAUCUGAACCUACAGUGUGUCUAAUGGAUAAUAAAAUUGAUAAACUCCUACAUAUGAGAAGAGCCGGCGGUUCUCUUUCAUUAUCCGAAAAUGAAAUAGAAUCCGAAGUUGAGUUCGAUGUAACAAAUAGGAAAAGUGAAAAAGAAUUGAAAUUCUCUAGUCUUUAGUACUUUAGUAGUUAAGUUUGUUUCCCUUUGUUAUCAGUUAAGACACAAGAGACAAGUGUAGUUUUUAUUGUAAUUAAAAACAAUUUCACUCGACUAACGAUAUUUACAAUCCUUGAAGUGAUCUCUGUAUACAUAUUUUUUUAAACAUAAUAAAGAAAAAAAAUCUUA